UGCAGGCUGGGCUGAAAGAUGCUGCUCUGGUAGCCCGUGCUGCUACCUUGGCCAGUCUGCCAGGAGCUCCAGAGAUGGCUCUUUCCCCAGGAGGGAUCCCAUGCCACCUGCAAGACAGCAUCACCGCCUUGCUGGGGUCAAAGGAAAUCAUCCUGGUGAAGCCUGUCCAGCUGCAGGUCAAAUCCAAGUAUGAAGAUGACAUCUUGGUUUUAACCCCCUGGAGGGCGUAUGUGCUGCAGGUGCUGCUCCCGGGCAGGGUGUGGAGCAGCUUCAGCUUCCUGGAGGUGAGAGAGAUCAGGAUCCAGGAGCCCAGCCUGGUUGUCAUAGAUACAGAUACAGCCUCUUACGCCUUCCGGCUCGUGUCACUGGACGACUUGGAGCAGGUGGUCAGCCAUAUCAUCAUGUCGCUUAAGAAGGUCUUUCCAGACUCUUUCCCCGGAAAACUGCUCAAAAACUAUCCCCCCAGUUUGUUCGAGAGAAUUCAAAGAAUAACAGACUCCCUGAAGGAAAUGCUGCAGAAUAACCAAGGACCGUGUGGUGGGUUUUCAGAGACAUAUGCUGCUUUAUGUGACUACAACGGCUUCACCUUCAGAGAGGAGAUCCAGUGGGAUGUGGACAAUAUCUACCACAGCCAAGACUGCCGAGAGUUCAACCUGUUGGACUUCGCUCACCUAGAGAGCAGAGACGUAGCCCUUAGCAUCACGGCGCUGUCGUUUAACCUGUGGUUCACAAAGCUGUACUGUAAGGACUUCAGGCUGAAUCUGGAGAUUUCUGAACAGCUUCUGUACAUGCUCAGCAAAUCGGUGAAACUGGAGGAGCUGGUGCUGGAAAACAGCGGGUUAAAAUUUGAAUUUGCCCAGAGGAUGGCCCAGGCGUUAAGAGGAAACCCGGACUCGGCUCUAAGCACCAUCAGCCUGGCUGGCAACCAGCUGGAGGACAAAGGGAUAACUGCAUUCAGCCAGCACAUCGAGAAACGCACCAAGGGCCUGCGUAGCCUGAACCUCUCUAGGACCUCGCUGACCGCCAAAGGAGUGAGCACUUUAUGCCAAUCCCUUGCAUCUAAUGGAAUCUUCAGCACCUCACUUCAGCACCUGGAUCUCUCGGGGAAUCCUGGCGUCCUUGCCACGGACGAUGCCAGCAGCUUGCACAGCUUCCUCAGCCACGCAAACUCGGUGUCUCACCUUAAUCUGGCCGGCACAGACUGUGCUUUGGAUGCACUGUUCGGCGCAUUGGCCAUCGGAUGCUGUGCCAACCUCGCCCACCUGGAUCUCUCCAAAAAUGUGUACUCGCACAAAAAGCCGAGAGAUGUCCCUCCGGCCAUCAAACUGUUCUUCAGCAAGGCAGCUGCCCUCCGAUACGUCGGCCUGGCGUGUACCAAGCUGCCGCCAGAGGCCGUAAGGGCCUUGCUGCAGGGGUUAGCGUCUAACUCUCAGAUCAGUGACCUGCACCUGGACCUCAGUAGCUGCGAGUUGAGAUCGGCAGGUGCCCAGGUGAUCCAAGAUCUGAUUUUUGAUGCCAAUGCAAUUAGCAGUUUGGAUUUAGCAGACAAUGGCUUUGAUGCUGACAUGGUCACGUUGGUGCUGGCGAUUGGCCGAAGCAAAUCCAUUAGGCAUGUCUCCUUAGGAAAGAAUUUUAACAUCAAAUCCAAGGACAAUCUGGCCGACGUUCUCCACCGGAUUGUUCAGCUCACGCAGGAAGAUGACUGUCCUCUUCAAUCCCUGUCCGUGGCCGAAUCGCGACUGAAAUUGGGAACCAAUGUCCUCCUGAACGCCCUGGGCAGUAACACCAGCCUCAGCACACUGGACAUCAGCGGGAACACCAUUGGCGACACUGGAGCCAAGAUGCUGGCCAAAGCCUUGCAGAUCAACACAAAACUCAGGACAGUAAUUUGGGACAGAAACAACACCACGGCCCAUGGAUUCCUUGAUGUUGCCCGUGCUUUGGAAAGGAAUUACACCCUGCGGUCCAUGCCAUUGCCAAUGAGCGACGUGACUCAGGCUUAUCGGAGCAAUCCGGAGAAGACGGAGGAGGCUGUCCACAAGAUGCAGUCUUUCCUGGCGAGGAAUCAGAUGCGGCGGACGCUGCCUAAGCAAACCUUCCGGCUGCAGCAGGGAAUCGUCACCAGCUCCUCGGAACAGAUGGUGAAUGAGAUGUGCACGAGCCUACAGAAGCAUGUUGACGCCCUGAGUGCCUGUCUGGGCCGAGAGGUGGAAGCCAGUGUCCUCUGUGCAGAAGAAGCCAUUCGGGAAGCAAACCUGUCCAUCAGCCUUUUGCCGCUCCUAUACGAGACGGGGAACGCCCCAUACCAGAACUGCCAGCUGCAGCACAAGCUGGAAUGCCUCACUGAAGCAGCCUCGCAGGCCUGCAGCCGGGAGAUCCAGGCUAUUAUGCAGGCCGUGCUGGAUACCACCCAGAAUCUGUGUCCUACAAUUCUGCAGAAGAGUGGCGUUCGGGACCGGCUGGUCCACACAAUCUCUGAGCGAAUCAUCCUUCAGGAUCGCCUCCACCUGAGCACCGUCUUGGACCAGCUGAUCACCGAUGUGUUCAGCAAGCUAACCGAAAUCAGGCUGUCUGUCAUUGCGGCCGUGGCCGACGGGCUGAUCGACGAGGUGCUGGAGGACCUGACAAGUGCUCAGUGCAGGCUGGCAGAAAAUCUCCCCAAGCAAACUCCGGAUCUUCAUGUGCUACAGCCAGACAAUCCUGAGGAGGAGGAUUUUCUGCUAAGGAAGAGCAGGAAUCUGCUGGAUGUCGCUGAGCAAAGCUUUGCGGCUGAGGAGUAUAAGAUGGCUCUGAGGAGGAAAAACAAGCACUUCAGGAGCAUCCGGCCCACGCCUGCCAUGAGAAGUCGGUCGGAGCUCGAUCUUCAGGCAGAGGCAGAAGAUAAGGAGAUUGGAACUCACCAGGCUCUGCUGUCAGUCAGCUGUGCCUCUCUGAAGUCACGCCCUGCCUCCACAAAGGAUGCUGAGACUGGAAGCAGUUUGCUUCCUUUCCCAGAGCCUGCACCCACACAAUCCCUUAUGGACCUGCCAACUGAGGGAGAGAAACUGGAGCACUACACCCGAGCUAGGCCCCGACCCCACCGCAGGAACAAGCAGCCUCCAAGCAAGCCCCAUGUCCAGCCCGCCCCGUCUGAGAAUGACGAGGACAGAAGCAUUACUUGCGUGGAUGAAGGGCUAGAGGAGUUCUUUACGAAGAAGCUGAUCCAAGAGGAACCGCCACAAUUGCCUGAAACCCAAGCCUCGUUUGAAAAAUGUGGCCACCAGGCGUGCCAUUUCCGUUCACGAAGAACAGCUCAGGGAGCAGGGCUGCACGGCCGCUCUGGAGAGUGUAAAAAUCCCCCUGCGCCUGCAGCGCUCGCCAGUCCUGAAACGGAAACCUAAGCCCAGCUCCAUGGUGGAUGUGGCGGGGAGCAGCACGCCCAGUGCCCCGGCAGCAUUGCAGGACACUCUGCCACAGGACGAGCACAGGGCCACAGCCGAACUGCAGGGGGAGCAACCGCAAGCCGUGGAACAACCGGUUGAAAAUGCACAGAACAGCCGUACACCAAAGAGCAGCAGCUCCAGGCCUGCCAGCAGCCCCCCAGGGACAAUGAGUUAGUGAGGACUGCGGCCCGCUGUCAUUUCCAAUAAAACACUGCGACCAAGUGCAAGCUGAAGGGUUAUGAUUUGCAACAGAAGCUCAAGCACCUGUGCAGCGUAGGGCACCAUGGUGCAAGCAGUGGGGAGAUGGGGGAGGAGGCCCCCAGCUUGCUCCCCAUCCCGUCGCUGCUCCCAGGUGUAGAACAUCAGUGCUUCCUAUGGAAACGGGGACAGACCGGAGCCUGGCCCCACUGGGAGGCUGCUAACGCUUCCUGAACGAUCUACGAGAGGACCCCCCCUUCCAGCUCCCACUACCCUCUGCUAGUCUCAUACUGCGCACAGCUGGCUUUACACAAGCUCCAGCUGGCUAAAACCGAGAUGCCAGAAGCCAGUAGCUGAGUUUGCCACCAGCCUAAGCUUUUCCUGGAGCAUCUGGCUCUUUGGAUGCAUGCACAGCUAUUAAGUAUGCAGCAAUAGCAGGCAUGGGCCAGUGGCUUGUGUGUGUUUGCCAUACAUGGGGACUUGCCUUGCAUUGUAUGGCCCCGGAUCAACAGCGCUGCACAAUGCUGAAUUAGGUGGUUUUCAGGCAGGGUGUGGCACUCACAUCCAAACCUACUCGGUACAGAACAAUCUGCCUCUUCCGGGGGCCAGAACGGGUCGUUCCCUUCCAACCAUUAGUCUGGGUGCAUGCCGUCGGCUUGGUUUAACCUGUCUGCACGAUCCUGCCGUUCUUACUCAAGCAGAUCCUCUACUGCCAGCAACAGGAGUUUGGGCUGAAGGCACAGCCCCAUGUGCUCUGUGCACGCUGGCUCUGCGUUCUGCGCUGCCCCACCAUGGCAGGCUGGAAAUUCCAUGGCACCGCUCAGUCAGUUGAAAAAACAAAUCGGAGGGUUUGAUUAAAAUGUGAACAUGACUAAUCGAAGCAGUGCAGCUCCCUGUGGUGUUUCUCCUGCCGGUGCAUUUAUUUCAGGCUGCCCCAUCAUUUCAGUGUGCUGCAGAACUGGGCACUGAAACGGAGCAACUGCUCUGAAGCCAGCAGCAGGACAAGGCGUGGGGAUGGGGGUUGAUAUGCACAGGAACUCGGUGUUUGCUAAGAUGAGCUGCUGGGAAAUAGUUCAAUUGAAGCUGGUGGGAGGCUUUGAUGUCAUCAAGCUGCUGUGGAGAAUGGAGCUGUUCAGACCUGUCAUGCUCUUGGUUCUGGCUGGCUGCGGCCUUUACAGGUCAGCCACAUUUGGGUCUUGGUUGAGGUUUUUGUCACCAGCACAAGGGCUAGAAUUUAUUUAAUUUUAAUUGAAAUAGAGUCUGGAGCAAAAUUCUGCAGUCAAAAAUACAAGUGAUUCUGUCCCCAGGCUCACAGCCGAAGGCAGUGGUCCCCAAACUUUUUACAUCAGUCCCCCCCCGUCCAUGUGGUCUCCAGAGCCACGGUCAGAGCUGGGGGUGGGCUUGGGGCUGGCAAUCAGGGCUGCUGCCAGGUCCAGCGCUGCAGCCGGGCUGGGAGCCGGGGUUGAGACCAGAGCUACAGCUAGGGGUGGGGCAUUCCCUCUCUGCAUCCCCCCACCGCCCAAACGGUCCUCCACACCUCCCCCUCCCCCAGUUUGGGAACCACUAUCCUAAGGUAACAAAACUUCCCUUAGCCCUGCUAUUUCCCCCCACUCCUCCGACAGACAAUACCUGACCUUAGCUCAGCCAGGCCCACAGCCU